GGCGGGACAGCGUUUCGUUUUACGUUCCAUGGGAGCGGCCUCGGCCGGCGUCACCGCCGCUAUCUGGGCGGUGCGCCCGGUGCAAGUGUGCAACUACACCGUACACCGACACCGCGGCGGGUACGCUUACCGUUCUGUGCACCACGAAAAUAUUAAAUAAUAUGGUCGGACAGCCGUGUUUUGUAUAUUUACGUUUUUGCUGAUCCGAGAUUAUUCGGUGUUUUUGUUGUUUUUUGGUUUUUUAUUUUUCUUUCCGAUUCGUCGCGCUCCGGCCAGUCCACCAGCCAUCCAGCCAGCCACCGUCCGACCGACGCCGUGCCGAAACGGCCUUCCGAUAGCUCAACGUCCGCCUUAGUCGCCGCCGCCGCAGCCGGAGCCCCGCGCACUGUACGCCGCGAACCUAAGCGCCCCGGGAGCCACUCGCUAAUCACCAGCAGCGCAAUGGUCCUGAUCAAGGAGUACCGCAUCUGCAUGCCGCUGACCGUCGACGAGAAUAUAAAAAGAACAUAAUGUUGUUGAACACUGAACGCACAGAUAAAAUGGAGUUAAAACUAGAUGUUGUGCCUUCAACUCCAGUGUUAAAAUGGAAGAAAAUUCUUGAUCCUAUUGGACCUCAACCGAGGCCUCGCCAUGGGCACAGAGCAGUCGCUAUUAAAGAUCUUUUAAUUGUUUUCGGUGGUGGAAAUGAGGGAAUAGUAGAUGAACUACAUGUUUACAAUGCAGCCAAUAAUCAAUGGUUUAUACCUCAGACUUCUGGCGAUAUACCCCCUGGAUGUGCUGCAUAUGGUUUAGUUGUUGAUAAUACUAGAUUACUAAUUUUUGGAGGUAUGGUUGAAUAUGGAAAGUAUUCAAAUGAACUAUAUGAACUACAAGCAAGUCGGUGGCAUUGGAGUAAGCUCCAACCUAGACCUCCUCUUUAUCACAUGUCACCUUGCCCACGGCUUGGUCAUAGUUUCACAUUGAUAGGUAAUAAAGUUUACCUAUUCGGAGGGUUAGCUAAUGACAGCAAUGACCCAAAAAAUAAUAUACCACGUUAUUUAAAUGAUCUAUAUACAUUAGAUAUAUCUUCACCAGACGCCUUAGCCUGGGAUAUACCAGAAACAGUAGGCGAUUUUCCACCUCCUCGAGAAUCCCACACAGCAGUAGCUUAUACUGACUCGAGAGGAAAAUGUAAACUUAUCAUUUAUGGUGGUAUGAGUGGUUGUCGACUAGGAGAUCUUUGGACAUUAGACAUAGAUACCAUGUCAUGGAAUAGACCUAUUGUUUUGGGUCCUAAACCUCUACCAAGAUCUUUGCACACAGCAGUGACAAUAAAAAAUAGAAUGUUUGUUUUUGGUGGUUGGGUUCCAUUUGUUGAAGAAGUCAAGUUACCUAUACAUGAAAAAGAAUGGAAAUGUACAAAUCAAUUAGCUUGUCUAAAUUUAGAAACAAUGACAUGGGAGGAACUAAAUAUGGAUAUGAAUGAAGAUAAUAUGCCUAGAGCUAGAGCAGGUCAUUGUGCUGCAAAUAUACAAACAAGAAUGUAUGUGUGGUCUGGCCGAGAUGGAUAUAGAAAAGCAUGGAAUAAUCAGGUUUGUUGUAAAGAUUUAUGGUAUUUAGAAGUAGAUAAACCACAAAAGUGCGCUAAAAAUCAGUUAGUUCGUGCGUCUACUAAUGCCCUAGAGAUUGUAUGGAAUAGUGUACCGACUGCAGACGCUUAUAUCUUACAAAUUCAAAAGUAUGAUCAGCCAGCUGAUACUGCAGCUCCAACUCCACCAACAAUGAUUGAUUAUUCAUUGUUACCAUUUUUGACACCAGAAUUGGCUAAGAAAAAUACUGAUAGUGAUGAUUGUCAAAUUAUACCUACUACCAGUACUAAAGCUGGUAGUCCUGCCAAACCAAAUCAAAUUAUACAAAUAUUACCCCAAGGUUCUACUGUUAACUCCUCCUCUUCUUUAGUAAAAGAUCAACAGUUCACUCCUGUUAUUGCUCAAGCAUCUGGAAACAUGAAAAUAAAAACUGUUCAAAGCACUAAUGUUACACCAUCGUUACCACAAAAUUUUAAGGCAGUAAGUCCUGUAACACCAAAGACACCUGCAUUUGUCAGUUCUCCUUCAAUGGACAUGCUAUCAGAUGCUGCCAUGCAUACUCUUGCCGCUGCUGCAUCGGCUACCCAAAAGAUCAAAACCACUGUAGUAGUUUCUAAACAAUCAGAACUUCCAAAACCUGUGAUUAAGACUUCGAGUGCACCAUUUAAAAUUGUUCAAACACAAAGGUCAAUAAAAAAUGUUAUGUCACCUGUAAACACUACAGUGCCACAACAACAAGCAGUUCGUAUAACCGGACCAGCUUUACAAACUUCUGUUGCUGGUACAGUUCUUAAAACUGGAUCUAAUGUUUUUGGGAAGCAAGUGAUUUUCCAAAAACCUGGUGGGUCACAAUCAAAUUUUGUUACCUUAGUUAAGACCAGCCAAGGUAAUCUCAUACAAGGUAUUCCAGGAAAGAUGAUUGGAACAACUACACCAAAUAAAAAUAUGCAACCAUCUGUUCUUAAGUUCAUCAAUCCUCCAAUAAAUCAACAGAGUAGUCCUAUAAAAUCAAAUCAAACAAUGAAAACAGUACCAUUAAAAACGGUUGGUGCAAGACUACCAGUUGCUGCCAAUAAACCAACUAUUGUUAUUCAAAAAAGUAACUCAAAUCGAUCAGCAUCCCCACAAAUCAUCAUUGUGACAACUGGUUCAAAUCUCAGGGGCAUACAGACUUUUUCAGCCUCCCAGGCUAAUAUGACCAAUCGUACCAGUGUAAGUAACUCACCUGUUCAAAUGGUAAUGGUAUCAUCAGGUGGCAAUACACCAACAGGAAGUAAACCUAUUACAAUUACUAUGGCUGGAGCUACUGGUAAUCGUAAAAUGGUCACACUAGGUAAAUCAAAUUUAACUGGUAUGACAAUAGGUGGUAAGCCUGUAACCCUUCAAAUGGUUAGUGGUCAAAAUAAUAUGGCUAUCUUAACUUCAAAUUCCGGUGGUAAUGUUGUCCAGCUAAAGAACACGAAUAUUGUGAAUACACCCAGUACACCUAGAUCUACUGCAAUCAAUUCCAAAGUACCGUCCUCUGUGAAACUAUCCUCUGAUUUACCGGCUAGUACAGAAUCUGCACUAACUCAAUUAGCUGUGGAAGCAGGCAUCAUCGAUUCGUCAAAUAAAAGUAAUAAUGACAUGGAAGAAUCAACCGAUUAUACAAAGGAACAAUUGGAAAAUUUGAUUCGGGAAGAAGGAAUUGAGAGUCUAGAUGUUGAUAUGAACAGCAUGGAAGACGGUUCCAAUGUUAUUGACUGAAUAAUUAUUUUUAUUCUAAUGGAUUCAAUAAUUCAUGGCUAAUUUGUUUUAUUUAUAGUAAAUUUUUUAUUUUUUCCGCGUAAGCCUGAUUAUUUAAUUUAGUCUAUCCCUAGCCUAUCAAUACUGUACACUAUAUUUUUCAUAAAAUGUUUUUUCUAAUCACAGAAAAAUAUGGGUAGUUGUAAUUUUAUUAUGUAAAUACAAUUUUGUAUAAUAUAUAAGAAAUAGUAUGGUAAAAAUGUUAAUUUUCAUGAAUUAUUUUGGUUUAUAUGAAACAAUGUUUUAUUUUAACAUUCAAUAGCCCGAUUUGUUAUUUCUGAUAAAUUAAAGAUUUAAUUAUGGGUAAGUUUUUAUUCUUUGUUUAUAUUUAUAAGUAUUUUGGCUCUGUUUAUGAACGUUAUCUUCAUAAAUUAUGACCUAUACCUACUUUCAAUGGGUUUAGAAAUGUGUGUAUUUUCUUGACAAAAAUGAACCACAACCCUUUUAAGGAAGGAAUACAUUAUAAUAACGAAGAUUGAAGUAUGGCCUGAAUGUUAGUAUUUACUAUUUACAAAUAUUAGUUUUUAUUUCCCCCAUAUCUUUUUAUUUGUAAGUAUUUUUGAAAUAUAAUGAAUUUAUGUUAAUUUAAAUACACAUAAUAAGCGGUAUUUACUUAAUUAAUAACAGAAUUGAAUAACUUUGAGUUAAGUUUGUGUUUUCACCAUUGUUUCCAACUCGUUUAAUUUUAAAUUUUUUGAUAUGAAAUUUUAUCCGACAUUUUUACUAAAUUGAUAUCGUUUCAUAAUUAUUUUUACUAUGUAAAUCGUUUGUGAUUUCUGAUAACACAUUACUUGAAAUUUACAACAUAUUGUUAAAAUUGUAUAAUAAACAAUAUAAUAUUGUCUUAAUAUUAGUAGUUUUUUCUUUCUAUAUAGUUAAGAGGAUGCUACACAGACAUUAGUUGUCUCCGUAUACAAGUACGUAACUUACCAAAUGUUACGCUUAGCAGAUCACGUUUAGCUCCGUUAGUUAAAAAUUAGAGUGAAUUGACCUCUUAUACAAUUUAAAGGUAAGAUUAUCUAGGGCGUCUCAUAGGAUUAUUAUUAUAUAUAUUUUUUUUUAAAGCGAGUUAUAAGUUUUUUAAGAUGUAAAAACAAUUUACAAUUUUUAAAUACUCAUAACUCGCUUUAAAAUCAAUAUAUCUUAAAAAACCUUUGAGAUGCCCUAGAUAAUAAUCAUUUCUUUAAAUUUUAUUAGAGGGUAAUUCACUCUAAUUUUGAAUCUAACAGAGUUAAACGUGAUUUGAUGAGCGUUAAAUUGUUACGCACUUGUAACUUUAAGACGGAGACAAUAAAAUAUGUUUGUGCAGCGCCCGCUUAUGAAUAAAACAUUUUGCAAUGACUGUAGAAAAAAAUAGUUACUCCUGUAAAUAAAUUUGAUGCCACUUUUAUGUGAUAGGUUCAUAAUAUUAUUUUCCAGGCGUUUUCGUAUGCGUGCCACGCUUCUCAUUACAUAAUAUUAUAUUAUUAUGUCACUAUUGGUUACACACUUACACGUCGACAACCGUUAGGACAACAGUCGUCCAAGGUUAUUAGGUACGUUUCAAAUCAUCGGAUUGUUAUCGGUUUUGCCUACAUGUAUCUCGCCAAAUCACUGGUCGUUCAUAGUGGACGAUUAAAGAACAAAUCAUGCAACACUCGACAUAACUAUGCUCAAACAUCUUCGAAAUGCUAUAAACUAAAUCCAACACUAUUGUAGCCAGGGCGGUUCAGUAUCUUUUGCAGACGUUGUGCUACCUUAUGUUCUAUCAAACCGUCCAAAUCGCAUUUAAAAAUUUAAUCAGAACUGACUUUUUUAAAAUUUAAAUUUCCGACGAGUUAGUACAGGUAUGCGCAGGAAAUUUUAGACUUUUAUUGUUGUACGAGUGUUUUAGCGCUACGUUAUUAUACUUACGAGUGGUUAUCAUUACAAUAUUAUUAUACUAUCAUUAGGAUGUCUUACAUAAUGUUUUAUAGGUGGUGUAUAUUUUGUAUUGAUCGCAUUUUUUACAAUAAUAUGAGUAUUGGUGUUUAGCGAUUUUCACCCAUUUAUUAUUGUCAUCAAUGAAAUUCUGAAUAGGAAAAAUGCUCUAUUUUUUAAAUACCUACCAGAUCGUAACUGUUUAUAGCUUUAUAGGCGUUUGUCUUAUUAUCGCGUCGUAAUAUUAGGAUUUAUACUUGUGUGCACAACAUUAUUAUUAUGUUGUGUGACUUAUGAAUAAGAUAACAAAGUAAAUAACAACUAUGAAUUAAUUUUGGAACUGCACGCUUAUCUUAAUUUUCUACACACAACUUUCUGCAAUAAGUAUUAUUAUUCUGUGAUGGUUUAAAGCGUCUUUAGGCUCUAUAAAAUGGAUAUGUUUGGCCGUAGGUUGGUAACAUAAUAUAGGUACAUUAUUUGUGAAAUCUAAAUUUUGGAGGUGAGACAUAGCACGCGGAGCUUGUCUAUAUUAAUAAUAAUUUUUAAAAACAAAAACAUUUUUCCUUAAUCGUAAUUGUGUAUUGUAUGCUUAAAUUGAAUUUUUUUUAUACGUAAUUAUUUUUUUGUUUCACACUUCACGCAUACUCACUAUUAAUUUUAUCAAAGUAAUAUUCAACAUGUAAAGACCACAGGGGAACAACGUAUUUAUAAGUCAAUUUUUAGCCACAAGAUUUUGAAUAUGUUUAAAAUUGUAUCGAGAACCUUGUACAAUCUAUUUAUAAACGUUUUGUCGUAUUUAAAUGUAAUAUUUGUAUUGUUUCUAUCAUAUUUUAUUUUAUACCACUUCCACUUUAAUUAGGAGAAUAAUAUUUUAAGACUGAAAGGCGACAUUUAGAAAAAAAAUUGACUUAUGACGUUUUUCCCCUGUAGUUAUGCGUUUUAGUUAUUUUAUAUGUAAGGAGUAAGGACAUAAUGCAUAUUUUCUAAUCAAUGUUACCCAUUAUCUGAAGUAAAUACCGUGAAUUUGUUGUACCUGUAGUUAUAGUUUAUCAUUACUUAAGAAAUUGUUUAGGUACCUACUAUCUUUAUAAUAUAUAUAUAUUUUUGAAAGGAUUAAGAACACGAAUAAAUUAUUUUUAAAUAUUA